AGAGCGAAAAGCUGUGUGGCGGAAAACAGCAAAUGACACGAUAAGAAGUAUAAUCAAAAAUAAACAAAGAGGGAAAGGAACAAUAAAAUAUAAAAAAUAGUUAUUAAAAGUAGCGCCACCAGCACACAUACACCAAGACGCAAAAGAGAACGGAGCAGCCAAAAAGUAUGCAGCAAAAAUGUGAAUAACUACUACCAAAAGGAAACGACAGCAACAACAUAGCAGCAGCAUCAUCACACACACACACACACUCUGUUGUUGUUAUAUAAGUGUGUGUGCGUAUGCGGGUGUGUGUGCGUGCGUAGUAGUAAAAAUGUAGCAAAACAACAACUGCGACACACAAAAAAAACCUAACAAAACAUGAGACAACGAAUCUAAGAAAAUUUUUGAUACCACAAUUUUUGUUAACAAAAAAAAGAAGGAAGAAGAAGGUGAAGAGAAAUAAAGGAAACACAAAAGAAGAAAAGCAAAAGGAAACAAGCAGCUGGCAGAGAGAGAAACAAUUUGCCCCAAGAAAUAUACCACAAAAAGAACUAGGAGCGAGCGAGCGAAAGAGAGAGCAGAGGGUCCAUCAUCCACCAAUACAAAUGAACAUGCUACACAGUUUCAGCGGCGGCAGCGCUGCCAACGCCGCGGGCGACGCCAGCAGCGCGGAGACCGAGCUGAAGGAGCGGCUGAUAGCCAGCGUGAAGAAGGAGGUGAAGCAGCUGAUGGAGGAGGCGGUGACCAAGAAGUACGUCCACGAGGAGAGCAGCUCGGUGACCUCGCUGUGCGGCGCGGUGGAGGCCUGUCUGAGUCACGGCCUCCGCCGGAGGGCUCUUGGCCUGUUCAAGACCUCCUCGACGACGGCGCUGAUCCAGAAGAUAGCCAAGAUCUGCCCGGAGGCGGACUACGUGAGCCGGCGGCUGCUCGAACUGGAGCUGGCCCAGGAGUCGCAUGCGGUGAGCGGGAAGCGCUCCUCCUCCUCCAGCGACAGCAUCAUCAAGCCGAAGCUUCUGAGCAAGAGCAGUGGGAGCAGCAACUCGGUGACCACCAUCAAUACGGUGUCCAAUGGAGCGGGAACGGGCACUGGCGGCGGUGGCGGAGGGGGCGGUUCUAUAGCCCCACUGGGAAAGUACCUGUGGAUCCGGCUGGCUCUGCACGAGAAGCGGCUGGCCAAGAUCAUCGAGCACCUGGUGAGCAACGCCAGCAGCUACUACGAUCGCGAGGCGCUGGUCGCCGACCCGGACUACGGAUCCAUCCUGAGCUCCCUGCUGGUGGGUCCCUGCGCCCUCGAGUUCACCCGGGCCAAGACUGCCGACCACUACUGGUCCGAUCCCUGUGCCGACGAGCUGGUGCAGCGGCACAGGAUCAGCUCCGGCAACCGGACGCCGCCCACCACCCACCGGCCCAUCAUCAACUUCAAGCGCAGCCUGCACACCAGCUCGGAGGACACGAGCAGCGGCUCCUUCAAGGCCUGCUCGCCGGCGAGCGUGGCCAAGGACUACGUGGAGUCGCUGCACCAGAACUCCCGCACCACGCUGCUCUACGGCAAGAACAAUGUGCUGGUGUUGCCCAAGGACGUCUCGGAGCCGAUGCCCGGCUACCUGAGUCUGCACCAGAGCAUCCAGUCGCUGACCAUCAAGUGGACGCCCAAUCAGCUGAUGAACGGCUACAACGAUGGCGAUGGCGGCGACAAGAGCUUCUACUGGAGCUAUGCCCUCAACAUCAAUGUGGACGAGAUCGUCUAUGUGCAUUGCCAUCAGAAUCGCGGCGGCGACACUGGUGGCACCAUCAUCCUGGUGGGCCAGGAUGGCGUUCAACGGCCACCGAUCCACUUUCCCGAGGGCGGCCAUCUCCAGGCGUUCCUCAGCUGCCUGGAGACGGGCCUGCUGCCCCACGGCCAGUUGGAUCCACCGCUGUGGUCGCAGCGCGGCAUCGGCAAGCUCUUCCCCUGGCCCAAGAGCGUGCGGCGACACAUCCUGCCCUCGGUGAUGGAGGCAGGUGCUCCGGCGGCCGACGAGACGCCCAUCGACUAUGUGUUCCGGGUGGUCAGCAAGUGCCAGCACGAGGAGUUCUUGGCCAGCCAUCCGAUCCUGGAGCUGGGGCGAUCGAGUCCACGCAGGAAGCACCUGGGCAGCUGCUCCACCACCGGCAGCAGCGACUGCUCCAGCAAGAGCCUCUCCAUCGACCAGAGCAGCUGCGAGACGCCCCUCAUCCAGGCCAGCCAGAGCACCAGCAUUGAGCUGGUCUGCUCCACGAUGCGCAGGCAGAUCAUCUCCAGGGCCUUCUACGGCUGGCUGGCCUACUGCCGCCACCUCUCCACGGUGCGCACCCACUUGUCCGGACUGGUCAACGUGCGCAUCAUGCCGGACCUGGCUGCGGACGAGGAGGGUCUGACCCGCGACAAGUGGCUGGCGAUGCACGAGGAUGGCGUGGUCACCGGCGAUCUGGAGCUCUACCGCCUGGUCUACUUUGGCGGCGUGGAACCCGAUCUGCGCAAGGACGUGUGGCCCUACCUACUGGGACACUAUGCCUUCGGCUCCACGCCGGAGGAGCGCCGGAAGCAGGACGAGACCUGCAAGCACUACUACGAGACGACGAUGAGCGAGUGGCUGGCCGUGGAGGCCAUUGUGCGUCAGCGGGAGAAGGAGAAGACGGCCCUGGCCGUGGCCAAGCUGAGUGCCGAGCAGGCUCGCCUGGCGGCCAAUGCGUCCGGCUCCUCGAAUCUCCACCAGAAACUCACCAACGGCAGUCGCCAAUUGGAGUUGGAGCAGCAGAAUGACGAGGAAGAGCAGGAACGGAUCAUCCUGGAUGAGGGCGAGAAUGAUGUGUUCGAUGACAAUGACUUCUCGGACAUAUCCGAUCCAGGGGAUCUGUUCGAUGAGCCGGAACUGGGUGAAGAAGCUGAGGAGCAACAGGAGCAAAGUAGUCCAGGGGAGGAGCUUGUGGUCGGGGAAGAGGAUCAGCAGGAGGAGCGCGGGAUGCCGCGCCUCAGCGAGCAACUGGUGCUAGAGUUCCAGAACCUGGACAGCAUGGAGCCACUGCGUCUGCAGGAGAAUUGUUUUGCCGAUUCCGAGAACGAAAACGAUCUGGGACUAGGUCUGGAUGGCAGUGGAAACAUCCUGAUGCUGAGCAUCAAGAGCUCCCCAUCGACCAGCAGCUACGAGACGGUGGGCAACGAGUUUGUGGACAUGGCGGAGGCCAAGCUGGAGGAGGAGGAGCGCCCGGGAGAGCUGAGCAAGUUCCACAGCGCCGACGAUGUUCGGCUUGACAACCCGGUGGAGGAGGAGGAGGAGCCAUCGCAGCCGGCCACGGCGGUGAUCAUCACGGAGGCAGCCUCACUGGACGCCCUGGACGUGGACGACGAUCCCACCGAGGAGUUCACCUCGCGCAAGACCAGCCUGAUGUCACCCCUCAACGAGGAUAUCACAGUGGUGGCCUCGCUGGAUGCCCUGCAGGAGCCCAAGUCUGCCUGCGUCUCGCCGGCCAGCUCCAAUGGCGGCGUCUAUAGCGUGGAGCUCCUGGAGCAGUUCGGUCUAAAUCUGCACCGGAUCGAGAAGGAUGUGCAGCGUUGCGACAGGAACUACUGGUACUUUGCCAACGAGAACCUGGACAAGCUGCGCAACGUGAUCUCCACGUACGUGUGGGAGCACCUGGACGUGGGCUACAUGCAGGGCAUGUGCGACCUGGUGGCUCCCCUCCUGGUCAUCUUCGACGACGAGUCGCUCAGCUACAGCUGCUUCUGCAAGCUCAUGGAGCGCAUGAUCGAGAACUUCCCGAGUGGCGGGGCCAUGGACAUGCACUUCGCCAACAUGAGAUCCCUCAUCCAGAUCCUCGACUCCGAGAUGUACGACCUGAUGGACUCGAACGGCGACUACACGCACUUCUACUUCUGUUACCGGUGGUUCCUGCUGGACUUCAAGCGGGAGCUCGUCUACGACGACGUCUUCGCCACCUGGGAGGUGAUCUGGGCGGCCAAGCACAUCGCCUCCGGCCACUUCGUCCUCUUCCUGGCCCUGGCCCUGCUGGAGACCUACCGCGACAUCAUCCUCUCGAACAGCAUGGACUUCACCGAUGUCAUCAAGUUCUUCAAUGAAAUGGCCGAGCGCCACAACGCCCAGUCGAUCCUGCAGCUGUCCAGAAACCUGGUCCUCCAGCUGCAGACCAUCAUCGAGAACAAGUGAAGAGCCAUCGUCACACAUCAGACAUUAGUCAUCCAUCGACAGUUCCUGGAGACCUCAGUUCCCGAUCAGUAUUGAGCAUACGAUGUACUAAGUAGCUAGCACCUAGAGCCUAGAAUCGUAGAAAUGGAGUUAGAAAGCGCUUGGGGAUACAUAACCAAAACAUAUAGCAUAUACCCCAUACCAUAUAACCCAUAUACCAUAUAACACAUACCUGCACCCUAGAGAUUGCAAUUAGCUGAGGUUUUUCGGGGAGGCUUCCCGUAAUUCGCAAUGGUUUUUUUUUUUGGAAACGGCUGGGAAUCGCUUAAAGAAAUUUAACAAAAUUAAGGAAAUUGUAGUGACCUGAAAAACAAAAGAGAGUAAAUCAAGUGGAAAUCGAGCAACGUAAAAGAUAAACUAUUUAUACUUAUACAAUAUACAUGCAUAUACCGAUUAUAUUAUAUACAGGCAGUUGCAUAUUUAUACGUUUUGUAUAUUCGAGAGAACCGGGGGGUGGAUCACGUACAUAUAUGGAUAUUGUAUUAGAUAUCGUCUAUAUAUGGCAAUGCUGUGCGGCUGCGAGUGCGGCCAACUGUUGUUAAUGUUAUGUUAUAGAUUUGGCAAGUUAUCAGAUAUAUUAUAUGCAUAUUGAAAGAAUUCAGGGGGAGGCAAAGAGGGCUUUAAAUUUCCGUAAAGACGUGGUUCUGUUUUAAGAAAUGCCUUAGACAUCUCAAUAUAUUAAAUUAAAGAGAGAUUCCAGCUUUUCAACCAUAUUCCUUUUAGGAGAUUUGAGAUCUCUGGUGCUUUUCAACCAUAUUCCUUUUAGGAGAUUUGAAAUCUCUGGUGUUUUGAUACCGCCUAAGAGACGAGUUUUAUAAGGCCAACCUCUAGGAGAUUUCAAAUCUGUAGUGGAAUAACACUGUACAAUAAUAAAAGAUUUCCGAAAGAACCCUCGAGUUUUUCAAAGAUAACCAUUUUGAGGUGGUUUGAAAUCUAUUGUGAUUUAAAUCGCUGUAAAAGCGUCGAUUUCUGACUAUUUCACGAGAUUUGUAAUCUAUAGGACUUAAUAAAUCUUAAAAAACUGUGUGCAAUGGCAAAUGGAUUUCCAUAAAAAGAGUUGAGUUUUAUAAAGAUUACCACUUUUGAGGAGAUUUAAAAUCUGAAGAGGUUUUCUAAGCCACCCCUGAAUCGUAUUGCAAUUGUUCGCUUGUUCGGUUUUGUUUUCUCUUAUUUUUUUCUUUGUAGCUGAAAGCGUUGAGAAAACAUUUUGUAUUCGAGUUGCCCGACAGGUAGAUCCUGGGGCUAUAUCUCUAUAGGUAAAUCGAACAAUUGCCGAAACACACACGAAACCCACUAAACCAAACACAGAAAAAUGUUACGAAAAUUAUUGUUGACGGCUGCGAAACGUUGAGUUUGUUUGUAUUAGCAGAAUUAAUAUGCAACCCAAUAUAUAUAGAUAUAUAUUAUAAACUAAUAUUUAUACAAAUAUUAACCCAAAAUAUAGAUAUAGAGGGCGGAAUGUGUAAGCCCUGUAUUGUUAUAAUCGAACCCGAUUCGUUGCUAUUCUCAGGCAAACUACAUACAUAGUUUCUAUCCGGUUUUUCGUUGUUUUUUGGUAAGUGCAGGCGCACCAAAAAUCCCUCCACUGGGCUUAUAUACAACUUAUAUUAUAUAGAACUAUAUAGAGCAAACACUUUGUGUGGAAUCUAAGUUAAUGCGAGUAGCACGCUUUUUGUGUAUGGAAAAAAAAACGUCGAAAACGAAAAACCAAAAAAAUACUUAAUGUGAUUUCUUGUUGCUUCUUUGAAUAUUGAUAUUUUUGUAAGCGCUAAAACGUAUACAUAUACAUAUAUAUAUAUACAUAUAACGAAAGUAAAGGAGAUGGCAGGCAACAGAAAGAGACGGCGAGCGAGGACAAGAAAGAGAGAGGAGAUAUAUUUUACACUUGGCUGGGGAAAACAACCGGGGGUUAGAGAAAGUCAGUCGAGUCCAACCAAAAUUUUGGCCACACUUUUGAUACACAUAUUCGACAGAAGAUCAACAGAUCCACCACGACAAAAACAAAUAAAAAGAAUUAAAAACCCGAAGAGCAAGGCAGGAACUCUCGCUAUAUUAUAUUGUAUCGUAACCAAGCUAAGCUACCAUAUAUAUAUAUACAUAUAUAUAUAUAUAUAUAUAUAUAUUUAUACCCGUCUGUGUAGAGACACCACCUAUAGAGCCCCGAGCAUAUAGAAUAUUACGUUACCCACGAUUGUAACCACAACAUAUAGCAUACACAUGAAUACUACGAAUAUCCUAUGUUCCAAGCGAAACCCACAUGAAAGCCCAAGGAAAACAAACAACCGAUCAAUGUAUAAUUUACCGAAACCAUGUUGAUGGAAACAAAAUAAAAGAAAUUAUGUAAAAUGUUUA